UCUUAAUUCGUGAUAAUAAAUAACAAUAAUAUUAUUUUGUCACUGCAAAACGUGCAUUUGUACUGUAGUGCAGUUAUAAUACUACUUUUUACUGCGGUAAAUAUUCGUCUAGUUCGUUCCCGCCCCGUCACCUGCAAGUACGGCCAGAGAAAUUCUUUCUGUGGUACGAGCCCAACGACGACAAUGACGAUGACCCUUCAGACGCGUGUAGCGACGGCGGCGGCGAAGUUUCGUGAUCUACACCGGCGGCCAAAUCCGUCGUAUGACCUGACUUGACCGGAUCUGCCUACGAACGUGAACUCGGCCUACCGAUGGAGACACCCGCACGCGUGUGCAUUUCACUCUUUCCAUUGGUGCUAAACGUAUUUCGGCACUCGCGGUCUUGAGCUAGCAUCCGACAUCCCGACGCCGCGGCACCGUCGCUUACGGCCCACUGGCCGCGGCCCUGACACACGUGUCGUCGCCGACCAGUGUCGGUCGUCCAACGAGCCUAGGUCUUCGACCUGCUCUCGCCAUCAUCCGCCGCCGCCGCCGCCAUCGAAUACUCCGAAGGUCGAAGUAGCCGCUUAGUCAGUCAUCACUUCGUUGAUCAUUCGUCUCCCGCACACGCUGCACAGCUGUCGCCGUUUCGCCGAGUUCACUCACCACUACAGUGUCAGUCUCUCAAGUGUGCGAACCGCAUCCAUACCGUUCAACGACAUGAGCCAGGCAAAAGAAUUCGGGUGGCGCUUGCUUGCCGCCGAGACGAUUUUCCACUCGUACGACUCGUCACAGUAUGGAGUACCAAGUGUGAUCAAAUUUGAUGAGCCUGUGAAUAUUCGUGAGAUCAAUAUUCUUUCUCCAUCUAUGUAUAUGCGCACUUCAAGCGGAGGAUUCCUUAUUGGAGGAACUGAUCCUAUAAAAUUUCCGGUUACAUUUCAUUGUAACAAUGUAGAUGAAAACACUGCUUCAGCAAAUGUGAAGUUGGGUGAGCUCAACUAUGAAGAAGAUGCAUCUAUGACAUUGAGGUGUGACAAUGAGAUAUGGACAAACAGAUUGAUUGUGUUUGCAAAAUAUUCAACAUUAACCAUUGUUGUUUAUGGAACAACAAAGAAUUAUAAUGCUAAGGAACACUUGAAAAAUUUUUCACCUAUUCAACGUAUGGGUGCUAAGUAUGCAGAUGGCACAUAUGCAUUUGUUCCCAACUAUCCAAGUGAAUCCAAAUUAUAAAAUUUAUAAAAUAAUUUUUAAAAACUCAUUUCUUAAAUUCAAUACCAUUACUGAUAAAUGAUAAUUGUAUUUUAUAAUUUUUUACUUUUUUUAACUGAUUCAUAAAUAAAUAUUAGGACAGAGAAGUUAUUAAAAU